AUGGAGAUCAAUUGGCGUCGGCUCAAUUUCGCCGAUGAGAUCGAGAUCCAUCUCUAUGACGGUACUGGUCAAUACCCCGGGCUGCAGGACUUGGCCGAAGACACUACUGCGUUUGGGCACACACCUAAAUUAUUCUCGAAUGAGGCCCAUGAGUCUGAACACGGAUUUAAAGACUUUGAUUUACCUGAACCGCAGUCUGAUAUCUCCUAUACAUUCGAGGAACUUUCUUCGUGGGAUCUACUAUCCGAACCAUCUGAUCCAUACGCACCAAUCAUUUCGCCCAGAGAGUUAAUUCAAUCUUCGCCGGCCCCCAACACCCCCGGACAGGAUCUCCAAGUCCCAGUCCCAGCACCGGACACUGAAAUAGCUCUCGCGGUCGGUAGCGCACUAUCUCUCCCUGGCAAUCUUUGCAAUGGGAAAUGUAAAGGGGAUCUAUCGGGCCCCAUAAAUGCCAACGUCCUCAAGGAAAGCUGA